AUGGCCUGCCACGACGCCUGGCUGUCGCUGCCGCCCGCCUGCCGCCCGCCCCUGCAAAAAGGCCACGAGCCCCCAAAGGAGCCCCCGGAAAAGGCGAGCCGCAAGCCUGGCCGCAAGAAUGCCUCCAAGACAUCGUCGCUGCGCAGCGUGGCCGUCGAAGCGCAGAGGUCCAGGGCCCUGAUCAAGUCGAGGGGACGGACGCGCUUCAUCGACCCAGAUGCCCAGACCAAGACGGUGACCGCAUACUGCGCCGCCGAGACGUACGACAUUGCUGCUGCCGCCCGCCUCGUCAAGGAGCAGGGCUACGAGCUCGACCCGUUCCAAACAGGCCUCUAUCCCCAGGUCAUCCACGUGCAGACGUCAGACCGGCCCUCCGAAGUCAAGGACUUCCAGCAGAGCGACAUCUUCAUCUUCCCCUCGGGCACAGUCGUCACAUGGAACGUCCGCGACCGCGAGGCCCUCAAGCUCGUCAACCAAGUGCUGCCCGCCGCCGCCGAGGACUCGCACCUGCAUCUCCUCGAGACCGAAGACCUCGACUACCUCGAGGACCCCAGCAAGGAAACGAGCGAAGUCGUCGGCGACACCAUUGUGCUAGGCACAAAAGUCGAGACGCCCUCAGACAAUGCGUCGUCACUUCAGGCCGAGGAGCCCGACCAACAGCGCCACGAGGUCGACACGGUCCUCGCCAAAAUCGCCUUCUCGUCUGGCCUGGCCCGCAGCACCAAGCUCGCCGUCCUCGAAACCCUCUUGUCCGCCUACCAGCAUUCCACCCGCGACAUCCCCACCAUGCUGGCCGCCUCCAAGCCCUUUUCGCCCCGCCGCAGCGCCCCGUUUACGCGCUCCUUCAUCCUGCGCAAGACGGGCGAGUUGCUUUCGCUGCGCGCCCAGCUCAACCUCUACUCGGAGCUGACCGACUCCAUGCCCGACAUCUUCUGGGACUCGCGCCACGAGCUGGGGCUCGGCGAGUACUACGACCAAGUCGGCCGCGCCCUCGACGUCGGCGUCCGCAUCAAGGUGCUCAACGAGAAGAUUGGCUUCGCUCAGGAAAUCGCAAGUGUAUUGCGGGAGCAGCUGAGCGAGAAGCACGGCCUGAGGCUCGAAUGGGCCAUUAUCGCCCUCAUUGCUGUCGAGGUCGUGCUUGAGUUCUAUCGCCACUGGGAUGAGCGCAAGGACAGGGAUGAUCCCGAGAGUACAGAGGCCCUGCUGCGAAGGUACCUUGAGGAGUUGGCUCAGGAAAAGAGAGCACGGCUUACAACCGAGUAAAAUCAACAAUAAUCUACACAAAAAAAAUUUGA